CGAUUAUUCUGCUUUAUCUUCGAUGCGUGAUGGCUCCUCACUGAUUGAUUGGUUGUCAUGACGCCGCUUUUCAUGACUCACCUGAAAACUGCCCAUUUUUCGUCAGUUUUUAGUCCAACAGAUGAAAACCAACAACAAAACAACUUGGGUGAGUGAGAACAUGCCAUUGUUUAGUUGUUCGGAAUUUGUUUUAAUGAACCAAUGUUUCCAACCGGACGUGCGUUUCAAUUGAUUUAGUUCGACCCGUUGUUGCGUUCAAUUUAAAGGUUAGUGAAAAAAUGGGAUAAACGAGUUUUAUUUGUGUUUAUAUAAUAUCGCUGUCGAAAGAAGAUAAAUUCCGCGAUUAGAAUUUUUAAAUGAGUCUCAAGGUCUGAUGUUAUUUGUUUUCUACGUUGCUAUGGACAAUCCACCGUUUAUUGAAACGGGGAUUAACCUGCUGCCGACUGGUCAAACAGGGAAAGGAAAACAAAAACGAAAUGUUUUGGAACUACAGGCUAGAUUACCAAAUGCAAGGAUCGUCUACAUGUGUGCAACUGGCAUAUCGGAAGUUCCGACCGAUGAACGCACCUUUUCAUGGGAGCAUCAGCUGGCAGUUGCGUGCAGACUACAGCCGUAACAAGGAUCAACAUAACAACACUAAUGUGUGACCAUUUAUCACUACGUCAUUAUCGACUCGGAUUAUUGUUUUCUUUUUUUUGUCGUUUUGUAAUUAUAAGUAUUAAAGUAUUUAGGUAAAUAAAUUCAAUCGUUUAAAGCCUUACACAGUUGCAUCGUGUCAAUUUUCAACCGAUAAGAAAGUUCGGCAGCCAUCCAGUGUCUGUGACAACAGCAAAGAAAUAGCUCUUAAUAUUUGGAAAAAUGAAAAUGUUUACCCUUGUCCUUGUGUUGAAGAAAUCUGAAAUUCUUCUUGGUCUAAAAAAACGUGGAUUUGGUGAAGGAAAAUGGAAUGGCUUUGGAGGAAAAAUUGAAUCUGGUGAAUCUGUAAUUCAAGCAGCCAUUAGGGAACUUCAUGAAGAGAGCGGAAUCAUGACUGAAGAAUCUAAUCUAACUAAAUGUGGAAUCAUAAACAUGGAUUUCUCUAAUGGUGAAACCCCUUUCAAAAUUCAUGUUUUUCGUUGUUCAGAGUACAAAGGAGAAAUCUUGGAAACAGAAGAAAUGAAGCCACAGUGGUUUGACGUGCAACAUAUUCCAUACGAUCUCAUGUGGAGUGAAGCACGUAUCUGGUUUCCAGUUUUUCUCUCCGGGACGUCAUUUCACGCCAGCUUCUCAUUCAACGCCCUGGGUGACAUAAUCAAGCACACAAUUAUUCAGAAGCCGUAAGAAAAUCCGAGAAAACCGUGAGUGUAACCCACCUUAUCUUUCUUCAGUCUUUAUUUAUAAAUAAAAGAUAGGUAAGAUUAGUUACGUAAUUUACUCUUGGGAGCCGAGAGUUGUAAUUUAAUCAUGUAUGUCCUGAAAUAAUUAAAUCAUUCCAAGUGA